AUGUACCACUCUAAAACAAAGGUUGUUGAAGUCCCAGUGAAAAUAGAGGAAAAUACAGAAAAACCAGUCGACCUUGAGAUUGAGAUCCAGUCUCGAAGCCAAGUAAAAAAUCACCAAAAUCACCUGCAAAUACGACUAUCAUGGUCUCCAAGAUCCAAUAUUCAGGAUCAUAGCAGAGCAAAUGAUUCACAAGAUGAUUCAGCAGAGGAUGAUAGUGAGGCAGUUAAGAUAGAGUCGCGUGAUGAGAGUUUCAAUGAGGAAAUCCUAAAAACAAAUGCUUGUUCUCAGGAGAACCAGGACCAGGAGGAAGUAGUUAAGAUGGAUGUGGACAUCACAGAGACCAAGGAACUGGAUGAAGAGAUGGAUUGGGAAUAACCUUGUAGUCAGAAAGAGUUUCUAUUUUUAGA